GGUGCUAAACUUUAAUAAUUGACAACCUAUUAUUGAUUAUACUAAUCGAGAUCUAUUACAGCCCGAUAAGCACUAAUCUACGAUUAAAAAAUAAAAAGACACAAAGAAACAAGGAUUUUCCAGGAGCCAGCCGAGCCCCGUGUUACCGUGUAAGGGUGUCAUAGGCAUAAGAGAGUGAGGCAGAAAAAGGGGCUAAUGUUUGUGUUAUACUUGUUAAUCUUGUUAACUUACAGUGGAAUCACUUCAUUGUCAUCUUUGCAGUGGAUGUAGCUGUCUGUAUGUAUGUUUGAGUGACCGAUUUCAUUUCUUUUUCAAUAUCAAGCAUCCUAUCUACUUUAUAUUUUGAGUUGUAUUUUUGAUUCUUGAGUUUCCAUGAACAACACCAGCAAAAAUGGCGUUUUAUUCAUGUUCAAUCUCUGUCUCUUCUUUCUGAUCUAUCGAGUUUCUGCUGCUGACAAUUCAAAGUAUGUUCCACUUGAUAGUAUUCUCUUGGACUGUGGCACAGAAACAGAACCUACAGAUGAUAGGACAUGGGAAAGCAAUUUUGGCUCAAAAUAUGCAGCUUCAAAUCUCGCCACGUCAAAAUCUUAUGAGGCUUCUCAAUGGAACCAUUCGGUUGCUAAUAUACCUUACAUGACAGCAAGAAUUUUCAAAUCUAAAUUCACUUACAGUUUUCCUGUUGAUGCUGGUUGGAAAUAUGUUCGUCUUCAUUUUUACUCAUCGAGGUAUGAGAAUCUGAGAGCCUCUAAUGCUAUCUUCUCGGUUUCAACUGGUGCCUAUACUCUCCUUAGAGACUUCAGUGUAUCACAAACCAGUAAAGAUCUCAAUAAUGCUGUCAUUGUCAAGGAAUUCUCUAUUAACGUAGAUAAAGGAAGACUGAACAUAACCUUCAUACCCUCAAAUUUCACCGAUUCUUAUGCACUUGUGAAUGGGAUUGAGGUAAUGUCGAUGCCAGAUAUUUACAGUUCAGCCAAUGGAAGUGCUGUUAUUGCAGGUGCAAAAGGAGUUUCUCUCAUCAUCAGUAGCACUACUGUUCUUGAGAAAGUUGUUCGACUUAAUGUUGGUGGGAAAAAAAUCUCUCCUGCGGCAGAUACUGGUUUGUCUCGUUCAUGGUCUGAGGAUUCACCGUAUAUUUAUGCUGGAGAGACGGAUUCUGCAAAUUCUAGCUUGGCAAUUAAAUACCUUCCCGGCAUUCCUUCUUAUGUUGCACCAGAGAGUAUCUAUAGGACAGCUCGAACGAUGGGACCGAGCCCAGUUGUUAACCAAAAUUACAACCUGACUUGGGUUUUUUCAGUUGACCCUGGUUUUCAUUACCUUGUAAGGCUACAUUUCUGUGAGAUCAAUUCAGAUAUCACUAAGGUCAACCAAAGGGUGUUCCAGAUCUUUCUUAAUAAUCAGAAUGUAGAGAAUAAGGCUGAUGUGGUUGCAUGGACUGGAAAUGCUGGAAAUGGUAUUGCCUUGUAUAAAGAUUAUGCUGUGCGUGUUCCGAGAGGGGAAGGCAAGCAGUAUCUAUCGGUUGAGCUACAUCCUAAUAUAGCAAGUAACCCCAAAUAUUAUGAUGCCAUCUUAAAUGGUUUGGAAAUCUUCAAGGUAAAUGAUACAACUGGAAACCUUGCCGGACCAAACACAAUUCAUGAUCCUGAUGAGCAACACAUGGACCCAAAAAGCAUUGCAAUUUUAACAGUUGUUGUAGGUGGAGCGGCUGCUAUGUAUCUUCUUUAUAUUGUUUUCUUUGUGCUAUUCCGGAGGAAGAGGCAAGGAGAUUCCAGUGCCACUGUUCGACCACCUUUUUGGCUUAUGCGUUGUCUCUAUGGUAAUUCAACUCUUCAAGUUUCAGGAAAAACAAAUGCUACCCGUGGCUUUGCUUCGUCACUUACUUCUGACACUUGUCGUCACUUCUCAUUUGAUGAAAUCAAAGCUGCUACAAGCAACUUCAACGAGGCUUUAAUCUUGGGAGUUGGUGGUUUUGGAAAAGUUUACGAGGGUGUAAUCGAAAAUGGGACUACCAAAGUUGCCAUCAAACGUGGAAAUCCUCUCUCUAAGCAGGGGGUUCAUGAAUUCCAAACAGAAGUUGAGUUGCUUUCUGAACUCCGACAUCGCCAUCUUGUAUCCCUGAUUGGGUACUGUGAAGAGAACUGUGAAAUGAUUCUUGUUUAUGAUUACAUGGCUCUUGGAACGCUACGUCAACACCUCUACAACACCAAAAACCCUCCCAUACCUUGGAAGCAAAGGCUUGAGAUCUGCAUUGGAGCUGCUCGUGGCUUGCAUUACCUCCACACAGGCGCCAAACAAACAAUCAUUCACCGGGAUGUGAAGACAACAAACAUCCUCUUGGAUGAGAAAUGGGUUGCGAAAGUUUCAGAUUUUGGGUUAUCAAAAAUUGGACCUUCGUUGGAUCAUACGCAUGUCAGUACUGCUGUGAAGGGAAGUUUCGGCUAUUUGGAUCCAGAAUACUUUAGGAGGCAGCAAAUAACAGAGAAAUCAGAUGUCUACUCAUUCGGCGUCGUAUUGUUUGAGGUCAUUUGUGCAAAACCAGCACUCAAUACAACAUUAGCAAUGGAGCAAGCAUGCUUAGCGGAAUGGGCUUUAUACUGCCAGAGGGAGGGCAUCCUCGAACAGAUAAUUGACCCUUACUUAAACGGCAAAAUAGCACCAGAGUGCUUGAAGAUGUUUGGAGAGAUUGCCGAGAAGUGCCUGAAUGAUAAAGGAAUUGAUCGACCAUCAAUGGGGGAUGUUCUUUGGAGUCUUGAAUGCACCCUACAUUUGCAAGAGAACAUGGAAGGAGAUGGUGGAGUUAGUGGCGACGUGGAUAACGAAGAAUCGCCAUUUACCAAAUACGAAAACAAUAAUUCUGAUGCCAUACCAUCAGGGUCCAAUGGGAGUGGAAACAAUUCAUGGAGCAGUGGAGUGCUACCGCGCUAAGCACAGCUAGCGACAUUGAAGAGUGAGGAUUCCUAUGGUUUAACUUAAGACCUAGUGUUGUAUUAUUGCACGUACUAAACUCAUUAAGGUAAAUCAUGAAUGGCAGUGAGAUAAUUAAGCGAAUUAAGGAGAAUUUUAUCAAGCCUUCUGCAGAAUCUGCACUCUGUAAGCUGUUGUAAUUUAUUGUUAACAUAAUUUAUACUGAAUUGUUUAGCAACACUAUUAGUCUGCUACUACUAGUCUUGUA